CAUUCGCCACAUCAACCUUUUCCCAUUUCCCAAUUUGCCAAACGGAAGCAUCAUCAAUGGCGGGAAUUACAGCAGAAGCUGCUAAAGCAAUCAGCAGAAGAGUGCUAGCUGUUUCAAGGCAUCUGAUUCCGGAAUCGAAUCACGCUCACGGCGUCGUCAUCUCCCCCUGCAGCUCCGGAUUCGACGACACCUACCACCGCGUGCACGGCGCCGUACCGACUCAUAUCCCGCCCUGGAAGGCGGCGAUCGACGAUUCCGGUAAGGAUUUCGCCGACAUUAUCUACGAGAAGGCAGUCGGAGAAGGAAUUGCUAAGAUCACAAUCAAUAGACCGGAGAGGAGAAAUGCGUUUAGGCCUGAAACGGUAAAGGAGCUGAUGCGUGCUUUCAAUGAUGCCAGAGAUGACAACUCAAUCGGAGUCAUCAUCCUCACCGGGAAGGGCACCAAGGCAUUCUGCAGUGGAGGGGAUCAAUUACUCAGAGUCAAAGAUGGCUACGUUGAUUAUGAUAGCUUCGGACGUCUCAAUGUCUUAGACCUUCAGGUCCAAAUCCGCCGCAUUCCUAAGCCAGUUAUAGCAAUGGUUGCAGGUUAUGCAGUAGGGGGUGGACAUGUGCUUCACAUGGUCUGCGAUCUAACAAUAGCAGCUGAUAAUGCCGUAUUUGGUCAAACAGGGCCGAAGGUUGGAAGCUUUGAUGCAGGCUAUGGGGCUUCGAUAAUGUCUCGUUUGAUUGGCCCAAAACGUGCACGCGAGAUGUGGUACAUGACAAGGUUCUACAAUGCUAAGGAAGCAGAAAAAAUGGGACUUGUCAACACAGUUGUGCCUCUGGAGAAGCUGGAAGAAGAAACAGUUAAAUGGUGUAGAGAGAUUCUGAGGAAUAGUCCAAUGGCAAUUCGGUUGUGCAAAGCAGCCAUCAAUGCAGCUGAUGACGGACAUGCUGGACUUCAGCAAAUUGGAGGGGACGCUACGCUCCUAUUCUACGGGACUGAAGAGGGCAAUGAAGGGAAGAACGCAUAUUUGGAGCGAAGGAAACCGGACUUCUCAAGAUUUCCUAGGCUUCCAUGAUUGGCCAUGUUAAUGUUGUCUGCGUUGAGAAAUAAAAAUCUUGGAGUUCUGUGAGGAUUAGAGAAACAAUCCAUUUUCAUGUGUGCUUCGUGUUUAGAAAAUGUCCUUUAUCAUGUUCAUAUAUAGCAGAUGAAAUUGCUGCUUUUUCA